CUACACCGUACGUAUAUAUAGGCGUCGUGCCUUUCCUGUGUUCAAAGCCGCUCUGAGGCACAGCAGCACAGCCAGACCUCCACACUGCUCCCGCUGGCCACGGAAGGUAGACGCCAACCGCUCCACAAGGCACCGCACACACGACCAUGUCAGUCUUCCACACAGACGACACAGGAGAAAAACGAUGCUACAAUUUUCGUCGCAUCAAGACCACAGCGAUAAGGUUUAGGGUGAAGGCGGAGCAUGAUGUUGCCCUCUGCCUGUCGCCCGUCAAUGAGGAGGAGGAGGGGGCGGUGGAUGAGGGCUACGAGGUGUUCAUUGGAUGCUGGGAGGGCGACGAGUCUGGCAUAAGGAAGAGAGGGACUGGCGAAGAUGUCCUCAAGGUGCACACGCCGGGGAUCCUGGAGGGCGGGGAAGACUUCCUGGCCUUCUGGAUCAAGAUUAGGCGUGGUGUGAUAAAGGUAGGAAAGUCAAAGUCUAGGUUCGCCUUCAUGACGUACAGUGAUCCCUCCCUACGACACUGCUCCUGGUAUGGCUACAGCACUGGAUGGGGCGCCGAAGGAGACUGGAUUUUCCUGGAUGAAGAAGACACCUCCUCCUCCUCCUCCUCCGCCUUCUCCUCCUCCGACUCUGAGGCUGAGGAGGUUGAUGCUCUGGAAGUCAGACCCAUCCAGUACAAGCGCCCCGCACGUUGGGUGCCCUCCACGGGUGGUUACUUUCCCCACCGGCCUGUCUCUGGGGGCGAGGGCCCCGACGGCGAGGUGUACGUGGGCAUGGCGCGGCACGAGGACGCCUACUUGGUGGGCAUGGUGGUGCCUGAACACAGCUGCUGCUACGUGCCCUUUGCGGGGGAUGCCAUACCCAAAAAGGAGUAUUUUGUGCUCAGCAACCCCGCCAGCAUAAACCUCACAUGGAGCCCUGGCAGCAUGGGAAAGGUGCCGUCAGGAGCGCUGCAGGGAGGCAUGUCUGAAGAGGGGGAGAUGCUCUACAUAGGGAGAGUGAGCGUGGACGGGCAGGUCUCCGUGGGCAAGAUCCACCCGAGUCACGCCGUGUGCUACGUGCCCUACGGAGGUGCCGAACACGCACACAAGAACUACGAAGUGCUGUGUGUGGAUGCUGUAAACGUCAAGAUGUAGAGACCCCCGGAUAUAUAUAUAUAUAUAUAUAUAUAUAUAUAUAUAUAUAUAUAUAUAUAUAUAUAUAUAUAUAUAUAUAUAUAUAUAUAUAUAUAUAUAUAUAUAUAUAUAUAUAUAUAUAUAUAAAUUUGAAAUGUUCAAUGUAUGUUUUAUGAACAUUAAGAUGUAACCACGCACAUAGGCUACUGAUCUAUCCCCAAAUAUGUUUAUGCAUGCAUUAUGUUGAGUUUGUAAACAAUUCUUCUAACUUUGAUUGAGAGCUUCUUAAUAAUCAAAUUCUACAGACAAUGAUUGUGUCUAUCCAUAUAUCUAUCUAUCAAUGAUUACAUCUAUCUAUCAAUACGUAUAUCUGAUUUCUGGGAGUUUAUGAUGAAAGGAUGAAGACCAUCGUUAAAGUGUCUCUUUUGACGAGGUUUUCACAGCUUGGCAAGCUGCCAUUACUGAAUAAAGAUAAAACAUAAGGAAAUAAAA